UUUGGUUUAUUAAGGAGUAGCUUUUGAUCAAAGGAAUCUGUGUUGCCCCAAAAAACAGUUUCUUCUUUUAAAACUAGAGCCCUCUGCAUAGUUAAAUUACUCAAACUCCGCCUUCCCUCCUCGCUCUGUGGAAGGGGAGGAAGGGAACUGUUGCAGGCCUGUUGCUAUGGGCACGCAGCAGCUGAGCUGUUCGUGUGGCUGGGAUCCUGCUGCAUCAGCUGCUGCACGAAAUUAAUUGAACUGGAGGAUGAAGUCCAACCUAAUGCAUUUGGUUCCCCCAGUGAGUAGGGACAGAAUAAUCUCCCAGUUUCCUAAGUGGUACACACCUGAAGCCUGUCUGCAGUUCAAAGAGCACUUCCAUGCACAGGUCAGGACUGCUUGUCAAUGGAGCACUGGAACACUUGGGCUGAAAAUAUCCAAAGUGGUUGUGGUAGGAGACCUGUAUGUUGGGAAAACCAGCCUUAUCAACAGAUUUUGUAAAGAUAAUUUUGAUCGAGACUACAAGGCAACCAUUGGAGUGGAUUUUGAAAUUGAACGUUUUGAAAUAAUUGGAGUACCAUACAAUCUCCAGAUAUGGGACACAGCAGGUCAGGAAAAGUUCAAGUGCAUUGCAUCUGCUUACUACCGAGGAGCAGAGGUUAUAAUAACUGUGUUUGAUCUGGCUGAUAUCCGAACUUUGGAUCACACCAAACAGUGGCUAGAAGAUGCAUUGAGGGAGAACGAGCCAGAUUCCAGCUUCAUCUUUCUGGUUGGAACAAAAAAAGAUUUGGUGUCAGAUGCUGUGUGUGAAAGGACUGAGCUGGAUGCCAUCCGCUUUGCCAAUGAGAUGCAGGCAGAGUACUGGUCCGUUUCAGCCAAAACAGGUGAAAAUGUCAAACAGUUCUUUUCCCGAGUUGCUGCCUUGGCCUUUGAACAGUCCAUGAUAAAAGAGCUGGAGAAUUCUGCUGGUCACAUGGCCCAAAUUGGAACAGGAAACCUCAUCAAACUGGAAAAGAACACAGUGGAAAUCCCAGAAGGCCACACUCAAAUCAGCCUGGGUUGCUGCUAACUGUCAACUGUUUCUGCAAGCACCAUGCUUCUCUGUAGUCCAGCACAGAGCACCUGCAACAACGAAAGCUCUCAAACCAGAAAUAGAAAGUUUUGCUUUUGGAAAUGAGGGAAGAAAAACUUAUCAAAAUUUUUUUUCUGAGAGUUCUCUUGCUGCUGUAGGCACAUUUGUGCAGGAUGGUACAAUAGUUACACAAACCUAUCUCUAUGUAGUGGAAACACGACAUCCUUAUAUUAAUGCAGGAAGACAUUACCGGUGCCAUGUGCUCACCUGUCUGCCAGAAACACUUGUAGUCAAAAGUUAUGUAAUUUCAGUGUGAUGUUCUUUGAUAAUUCUCUAGAGGUCUCAGUGUAGCCAAAUUCUCAUGGGGGCGGAAAACAAAUGACCGUUCAGAAUAAAGGGUGCUAUAUAUAUGUUUUCGCCCUUUAAGAUCAUAGUAUAAAACAACUCUGACUUGCUUUUAUGCAUUCCAGAUAUUUAAAAACUGUUCCAAGGGAAAUAUUUCUGAAUAACAGGUAUGCAAGUAUGCUAAUGCAGACUGCAUAGUUUUCACCGUGCUUUCUCCAUCCAGGAAAAAUCUGUAUUAUUUUUCAUUUUCCACUUGAGAAUCAGAGCCCAGUAUUUAAAUAUUUCCAAGUCUAGGUGAAGUCCAGGUAGGAACUUGUUUGUUUUAUCCCAACUGUCUAAUCUUUUGAAAAAUGUUACCAGAUAAGAAUGCUAUUCUUUUCGACUCUCUUGACUAAGAAAGCAUGGCCACAUAGUUGUAUGGCAUAGAAAAAACAGAUUUAAUGCAUUCCAUCUUUCAAAGAGGAUGCAGAAUCCUUCUCUGGGUUGAUCUUCAUGAAUAUUGUCUACAUUGCAGUUCUACUUUGUUGCUAAGAGUAAUGACACUUUCAGUUUAUUCAAAAUGGGUGGUUUUGUUUGUAGUAAAGUAACAUGAUUCUGGAACCAUACACAGUCUCAGUCAGGAAUUUGUUCAUCCCUGUGUGUGGUAGGAACUCUGAGCUGGUAAGGUUAGUUUCAAUAUAGCUGCUAAACUCUUAGUCACUCUACCUGCUUUUACUGGACAAGAUGAUUUGAUCGCUAGAUGCUGGGAGCAAUUUGCUCUACUACUUAACAGAAACAGUAGUAGUAGAGAAAUAGUUUUGCCAUUUUGUGAAAAGACUUGCAAGUGUGUGUAGAUUUAGAUAUAAUCAGAAAAGUAAGAAAAAUUGAGUUGAGAUAAAGACAGUUUAAGUAAAGCAAAAGCUUCACAGACAAGCAAAGCUAAACAAGGAAUUAAUUCACUACUUCACAUUGGCAGGCAGGUGUUUUGCCAUCUCCAGGAAAGCAGGACUCCAUCACGCAUGAUGGUGACUUAGGAACAGAAAAUCUAUAACUCUGGAUGUCCCUUCCUUCCUCUUUCUUCCCCCAAAAUAUAUACUGAGCAUGAUAUGGAAGAUCCCUUUGGCCAGCUGGGGUCAGCUCUCCCAGCUGUGCCCCCUCCCAGCCUCUUGUGCACCUGGCAUGAUGUGAGAAGCUAAAAAGUCCUUGACUGCUUAGGAACAACUAAAAUAUUAGUGUAUUUACAACACCAUUCUCUUUCUAAAUCCAAAACACAGCACUGUCCCAGCUACUAGGAGUGAAAUCUACUCCACCCUGGCCAAAACUAGGACAACAUCCUUUUUAUUACUUUUGGUUUCUUAUGGUGUAAGUUAGAACAGCUUCAUAGAAUGUGAGGAAUACAGAUUUAGGAACUCCAUGUCCUUUUUUUUAAUCAGACAAUCUUCAUUGUGGCAAGUGUACCAAUUCUGUUGGCAAAGAUGCAAAUGUAGCAUUUGGUGGAGAAAAUGAAUAUGUGUGGGUAUGUAAGAAGUUAUUUAUCCAAACGUGUAAUAUUUUGACCUUAUGAUGUUCUAUGUAUUUGUUCAUCUCCCAAAUCUGUUUUACAAGGAUGACGAAUAUACCCUCCACUUUUACCAUGUGCUGCACCAAGUGGGCUGCAUAGCCAUGGUCUUCAUGUUUACUGAGUCUGAGUGGAAAACAUGGUUCAUUGUACUGCAGCAGGUCAUGUUGUCUAGGCCAGGUGCUGGGUUUCAGUGCAGCCCUGUUGUUAGUGGUUACAGUUGCAAAAUGACUCAGUUACAAAUCUAAGAAAGGAUCAGGAUUCCAGGUUUGGUCUUUUCCCUGAAAAAAUAUAUCUCCUAAGUGGGUGGUGGUGGUGGUGUUGUUGAGCUCAAUUAUUGUACAAAAUCACAGAGAUACAUUCUCUGCAGCAAUACAGUCAUGUUGCUUGGAAAUCAACUGGGACAGUUUUUUCUAGUGAUUCAGUACAUUGCUUGAUAUCAUUACUGGUUUGUAUCUUCUGGAGCUCCAAAAACUUCAUGUACAAAUGUAAUACGCUUUCAGUCAUUAACUAUCACUUGUCAAGGGUCUGACUCCAUUUCUUUUGUGAUGAAUGCUUUGAGAAUGGGGGUUUUUUGGUUGGUUCAUUGAUUUUAGGGGUGUUUUUUAGCCCUGUUGAGACUUCUCCUGCAAAGAACUCAGUAUUAAUAAUUGAUCAUCUAAAAUGAAUCUUGGAUCAUGUUGCAAAUAAUGAAUUGCUUAGAAAAGCACAAAGGAAACUAACUUUGGUGGAAAAAUAAACAUAAAUUUGCAAGUUCUUAAA